AUGGAAUCAGAAUAUUCAAUUAAAGGAAUCGACAUUGGCAAUGAAUGUUCGGCAUUCGUAGAAGUCCUUGUUGGUGGUCCAUUAUGUGCGCGGGAAAAUUUCAAGGAAAUUCUAAUAACAUGCUCCUUCAUGACACCAGCUGAAAGCCGAACCAGCUCCAUGCCAAACAGAGUGCGUUGCUUUAAUCGUGAGGCUCUAGUUGAAGAAAUAGCCUCACAGAAAUGGAAACUACUCAAAAUAAACUGCAGUCAGCCAUUCAAUAGGGACAUCAAGUUUGGACUUUCUUUUAUCAAAAUUCAUGUUGAUGAACCUGCAAAGGCUAAAAACAAUAUUGAGUCCAAUAAUGGAACUAGUAAACCUACAAACAAGAGCUUAUUUGGAAGUUUUAGUUUGCGAGAAGAUUCCCCGGACUCUGAGACAGAAAGUACAACGGCAUUGUUUAAUCGUUGGAAAGUUUCAAAAAAUAAAGAACCCAGCGCUAUUUCUUCUGUUCCACGAAUUCCUAGCCCUGCAGUACUUAAAAAACCAAAUGACAGUCUAAUAGCGAAGAAAACCGCCCCAAAAGCUGCAACUCCAUCGUCUAAAAAACAUGAUUCGGAAGAACGCCCGACCGUUAUUGAUCGAAACAGAAACUCCCUACUCUUUGGCGAUGAUGAUGAUGAAGAAUCAGUGCAUGAUAAACGCAAGAAAAAGUUAGAAAAACUCGAAAAAGUAAUUGCUGCCGAUCAGGAGCGUGUAACAAAAGAAACUGAGAAAAACAAAAAAUCUAAAAAGCCAGAGAGUACUCGGAAUGAAUCAAAACCAGAACAAACACCGAAAAAAGACAAACCACUUAAUUUGUCACAUUCCGAAAAAGAAAAGCCAAGUAAGACCCCCAAGAGUAACAAGAAAGCAGAUACACCAUCAACUUCUGGACAAAGACGACCAUCAUCUUCGCCGUGUGUUAGUGACAAACCUAAGAAGCCGAAAUUAGACAAUGUACAGUAUAAACCAUUUAAUCAGUUACUUAAUGGUGUUGUGUUGGUUAUAAGUGGAAUUCAGAAUCCUGAUCGUGCUGAUUUGAGAAAUAAGGCAUUAGCUCUCGGAGCUAAGUACAAAGGCGACUGGGAUAAUAGUUCCACUCAUUUGAUUUGUGCCUUUAAAAACACACCAAAAUAUAAUCAAGUUAAAGGAAAGGGAAAAAUAGUUACCCGAAGUUGGAUAGAAGAUUGUUAUAGUAAAAAGAGAAAAAUACCAUGGAGACGUUAUGCUUUAGACACUGCGGAACUAACAAAACCUGAAAGUGAAGAUGAAUUCUUAGAUGAAUCCUUAAAGCCUAAUGAAGAGAGUGAGCCAAUAACCAAUCGAAAAGACUCAGAAGAUAGUGACGUUGUAAUGACAAAAUAUGAUGAAACAAAUCAUUCGCAGUUUAUAUCAUCGGGAAGUGAUACGGAAGAUGAAAUUCAGAGAGUUUUGGCCAAAAAAUCGCCGCCGAAAAAAUCUCCACAGAAAAAAAUCGCACAAACAAUAGAUGUUUUUGAAGUGUUCACUGAAGAAGAGGAUUAUGUAUCAAAGAAAAAACUCGGCUCAACGGACAAAACAACGUUUUUUAAAAACUUGAAAUUUUUCGUUAGCGACGAAUUGAGUGCGACACAAAAAAUUAAAGUCGAACGUUACAUUGAAGCAUUUAACGGUGUAUUGAUUACAUCGAUUGAUGAAGCUAAUUAUUUAAUUGCUGAAAAUCGUAUUGCAGAUGUUGGAGAGUUUAAAGGUGAAACAGUGACGCCUCUUUGGAUAUUGGAAUGUAACGAUGCAGAAUGUCUUAUACCAACAAAACGUUAUUUAGUGAAGUAA